UUUCCUCUCCACACCUUCUCCCCUUCUCUCUCUCCCCCUCUUCUCCUGCUCUCAUGGUCAGUGCUGCCCUUUUCCUCCGCGAUGUCUGGAUCAAAUCCUUUCCGCCCUAAGAACCCCCAGAGUUCCCUCCCCCCGCCGACCUCAUUCCCCUCGUUUCCGUCCAUUUCCACCCCCUCCGCGCCGCCGCCCGUGACGACAUUCAAGAGCUCCCUUGCCAGAGCCCCUCCCGCAUCUCUUCCCCCGGAUCUCGAUGACGCCGCAUCUUCCGACGACCAGUCCGUCUCGGAUCCCUUCCACCGGAGCUCGUAUGCGACCGAUGAGGAUGCCGAGGAAGAGCUGCGACCGUACGUGGGGGUGGUAGACCGUGUCUCUGCAGCGACUCCCGGCGACGAUGAUCGCCCCCAACCGAUCAGGGCCGUUCCAGACCCUGCCGUACCCUCCAGGGGCCCCGCGCUACCUGCACCCGCUGCAGCACCGGGUCAGAUAGGCAACCGCGAGCAUCCGGCACCCCUGUGGCAGGCUGGCCCCUCACGAGAGAAUGCGCCCGUGGCCGGUUCCACCGUGUCGACCCUCUCGUCCACGCCGUACGGAGGUUUCCGGACGCCAGACAGCAGUACGACGGAUGUCUCUCGACCCCCCGACUGGCGGCCAGGCUUGGGCCCUCGUGGCAGGCCAGGCCUAUCCACUGCAUCAGACAUCGCCUCACGACCUCUUGCCAGCCGCCCAGGCAACCGAGACAGAGUCCCACCACCCCCGCCCAAGAGCCAUCAUGGCAAACGCAUCGCCCCAAGCCCUGGCACCACGCCCUCACUCACCCAAACCACCCCCGGCCGAUCCACCAGCCGGUUCUCCUUCCACGGCUCCCCAUCGGAGCCAUCGCAUUCCCCCCGACCCUCAGUGUCGGGGUCGGACUACUUCACAGCGCGGUCAGAGUCUCAGCCCGCCCAGGCGCCGGCGGCGGACACGCUCCGACGAAGUCAGUCCCAAUACAAGCGGCCCCCGACGCCACCAUUGAGCAGGCGUCACAGCCAGAUGCGACGUUCCAAGACUACGCUGUCCAAAGUCAACCCGGUGCGGCUCUCUAUUCCAGCGGCUGAGGAGGCCUCGACAUCAUCAUCGUCGUCAUCAUCGCCUCCUCCCAGCCCGGGCGCAUGGUCCUUGAACCCGUCGCGGACUCGCGAGUCCCGCACCGGCGACGCAUGCUCCGAGGAGCUCGGCGAUCCGGCAACCUCAUCCCCCCGUCCCGACUCGUCUUCCCCGUUGUCGCCCACCGAGUCAUCGACCGCGAUGCCAGGGCCAUCGACGAAGCGAUCCUCGCUGUACAACGCCCUUCCCCCGCUCCCGCCCCCGCGACGGUCUCGCGGAUCCAGCAAUCAGAGCAACGACAGUUCCGGUCUCAGUCUCCGACCGGGGAAACCGGCUGACCCGGUCCCGGCGGCGGCGGCGACGACGACCUCGAGCACCACCACUAAGGACCAGUUUGUCCCGCAUCCAUCCAACGCCAGCGACAUCCUGGCCGAUCUGAGCCGAUUACAGAAAGAGGUAGACGACUUGCGCGGACACUACGAGGGUCGAAAGGCCAGUCAGUAG